AUGGAUAAACUUGAUCAAGGAGACACCUCAGAUAAAUUCUCUGAUUUUUAUAUCUUUGUAGCAACAAUAGGCAGUGGAUCGUUCGGAAAAGUUGUGCAUGCUAUCGAUAGGUUCACUGGAGAAGAGAUCGCAGUCAAAAUAAUCAAAAAGCACAGUUUAAAGCCUGAUCGAAUUUUACAGCUCAAACAAGAAGCACAAAUUUUAGCAUCCUUGGAUCAUCCAAAUGUCAUCAAAUUUAAGCAUCUGAAAGAGACUAAUACAAAGCUGUUUAUUGUCAUGGAAAUGAUUUAUGGUGGAACUUUGAAAGCGUAUAUGGACAAGCAUGAUAUCUCAGAUUCUCAAGCAGCUCAAAUAAUGAAAGGGAUUUUACAAGGACUCGCCUAUAUUCAUUCAAAAAAUAUCAUCCACAGAGAUAUGAAGCCAGAAAACAUGCUGCUUCCUGACUUUAGAGAUCUAAGCCAAAUUAAAAUUGCUGAUUUUGGGUUAAGUGCUCAAUUUGAUGCCUCGUCCAUGCAGCCAAGAGAAAAUGAUAAGUGUGGAACACUUCUUUAUAUGGCUCCUGAGCAGGCACAAAGCAAAUUUUAUAGCCAAAGCAUUGAUAUUUGAAGCUGUGGGAUUAUUUUAUGAAUGCUGUUGACUAAAAAUAAGCAUCCACUUUCAGCUGCUCAUGAAUCUGCAUCUUCCUAUCUAAAAAAGCUUCAAAAUCCUAUAUGAAAAUUUCCAGACAAUUUUCCUGAAGGAGCUAAAUCUCUAUUUCUGAAAUUGACAGAAAUGUCCCCUAUUGAUAGAUAUACAGCCAACCAAGCAUUAGCUCACCCUUGAAUUGGCCGAAAUAAAAAGAAAGUGCCUUUAACAUCAUUUGAAAAAUUUAAAAGAUACAGUGAGCUAUUGAAAAUGAAAGGAAUUUCAUUUGCAAUUUUUUUUGCCUGCUUAGCUGGAGAUCCUGAAAUAGGUAAAAGAGAACAGAGCAGGGCAAAUAUCUCGAAAAGUAUGGAUAAAACUCCUGAGCACAUUCCAAGUAAAGAAACAGUAGAUUUAGCUAAAUCAGAAACCCGUGAUAGGAAGAAAAGAAUUCUUCCAAUCCCAACACAGAAAAAGAAACCAGUUCCAAAAUUAGUAGAAAAAUUCAUGAGCUCUGGCUAUGCGAAAAAUUCUGAAAGAAUUCCAAGCGCAAAAAGAACAAUUCCGCUAGGGGAUAAUGUUCUGAGAAGAAAUUAUUCGUUUCAAACACCUGAAAUCGAAAAUCAUAUGUUGUCAAAAUAUUCAAAAGCUCCUAAAUCUACAGAGCAUAAGCGAAAAAUUGUACGUGCAUUGACGGCUGUUUCAAGACAUGAAAGCUAA